GGGAGGUCAUGCUGGAGCUUGGAUGCGAGGGUGGCUGUUCUUCUGGUGACUCUAGCUGGAGCUUUAAUCCUGCUGCUGCUGUACAAACUCUUUCAGCUAAGACACAGGCUGAUGUUGGCCAGGGCGAGGCACGCGCUAGAGUACUACAGCUUCUACCACUCCGCCACCUACACCCUCAAACACAGUGCAUCGUGUCAGGACCUGCCAGCCAAGAAAGGGACGGUCCCUGAGGCCACACCACCCGUCCAAAACGUUACCCCGGUGACACACGCUGUCAUCGCCCCGCUUCCGCCCCCACCAGUGCCUGUUCCGCCCCCUCUGCCGCUCCCCCCACCUCCCGUCCUGCCUCCACCACUGCUCCGCACGCCACCUCCUCUCACCCCAACACUUCCCGUCCUGGCCUUCCCUCUCCCGCUGCCUGCAAUCCACUACACCCCACCCAGCCCUCACCUGUCGUGGGGCGCCUGCUCAGAAGCGGAUGUGUACUCUCGGAUCGGAGCUUUCAGGCCUUCCAGGCUCUCCAGCCUCUCCAACCAAUCAAAAGUCAUCCUUUUUGAGCACUCCUCUCUCUGACCUUUGAGGAAGAACUUGACUGGAGACGUCAACAUGCCAGUGGUUACCAAAACCGCUGCUGCUGAACUGAUUAUCAUCCAAAGAUGGUUGAUUGUUUGGUGAGAGUGCUUUAUGCUGUAUGUAUGCAGUAGACUAUACUCUUUUUAAGAAAUACUGGACUUUGUGCCAGACCUCUGCAAGAAAAUGGCAGUUAGGAGUAAAACAUCUGUAAAUAUGUUUCGGUCCGCUGGAGAAUGGAGUUGUCUCUUUAUUCAGACUGGUGGAAACACUGCGUGACAGUCCCACAGUGGAAGUGUCUCUCCCAAAGACCUUUUACAACUUCUAUUCUGAAACUUGUUCUGGCGGUAAAUAAGAAAGUUAAUGGUUUGCUAUAUUUGAAAUUGGGUCAGAGAUACCUCUAUCAUGUAAAUGUCCUUAAAUUUGAAAACAGUAGGCUUUCAGGAGAACUUUAGCUACAAUACAGUGCAUGCUAGGAAGUAUGCUAAUUAGCUAGCAAGGUUUUUACCAACUUCAUUUGAUUAAUUACAUCAGCUCAUUAUUCUAAAGAAAUAGUUUGACAUUCUGGAGGAUAUUUAGAUGAGAAGAGAUUAGAUGAGAAGGCUCCAAGCAGUUGCCAGGCAACCAAUAGAGAAUCCAGGAAGUUACCGGUCGUGGUUAAAAAAAUAGCUUGAUACAUAACUGCAUGUAAAUUGGCAAAUUAUUGUUUUAUACUUUUGUUUUGUUUUUUAUUACAAUUUGACAGAGAGGCAUCCUGUUUUUUGUACAAAGCUAAGCUAACUGUCUGCUGGCUGUAGCCCUGAAUUUAAAGGACAGAUAUGAGAGGGGUAUGUUGUCUUUUAUUUUUCACUAGCAGAAGAAUAGGUGU